CCGCGUUGCACGUCACGAGCGGACACAGAAUGCAAAUGAAUGUGACAAGGUGGUCCUCGUCCUGUACACCUGAUCGCGUCGUCUGCUCGGUGUUCUCGACGCCAGGCUUGGUGGCAAGUCAUGGCCGCCUUCCAGUCUGAGGUAAUGUCCGCACCGGCGCGAAAAGGCGGUGUACGGAGUCAAUUGGCAGCAAGAGCAGACAUGUAUGGCGAGCCUACUCAAGGCGUGUCUAGCUCUACGGUCGGUCCUCUUUCCCUCGUGGCAAGUCGGCAAUCUUUGAGUCGACGCCUUUCGGCAGCGGGCAGCGGAAGACGUCGGGAAGAUCACCCACAUCGUCUUCUUGAGAGGUAUAGACGAACGUCAUUAGCGCCUACAUUGCGUGGUCAGUCAGAGCAUCGACGGUGUCUCGUACAGGGCAAGCUUGGCGUCAAUGAAGGUGGAAUGCGUUUCACGUUUUGCUUCGCUGAUCCUCCAUGCUACUAGCCCCAGCCUCAGCGUCCAGAAUAGUAUCGCAGCGUCCAAGGUCACGAGGCAGGCUAGCAAGACUUGCACGUUGGCUGAAUCGAGGCGCUAAAUACGGAGUAAAUACCGAAGCACGACGACCUGCUCGCAUCCAAGAGCAGAGCUGCUGCUGCUCGCCCGAAGAGUUCGAGCGGAGCAAUUCGCCUCGGAAAAGUCGGCGAGUCAUGGUGAGAAUGCGCCAUUUGCCCCGCCGGCCAACUUUGAGCGUCAUCAAACAGUCACGACUUUAGCGUCUCGACUUGAGGCUGAGCCAAGCAGUGGACUUGGCCGAUGCCAGCAGCGGAUGAAAUGUCUUUGUCAGUCGUGAGCUAUAUGGCAGUCAUCACAGGUGCGGUCUGGUCUGUUCAUCGUUUGUAAACCAGAAAAGCGGUGCAAAUGACGCAGCUGCACAGCGGGAA